ACAAACCAGGGCUUCGUUUUUUUUUUUUUAUCGAGGUCCGCUGCACCUGCUGCAACUUACUGCCACACGGAGCAAACAUCUCCUCCAUGUCCGGCUGUUUAACGAUGGAUAACACUUUCCUGCCUCGGUCCAUCUGGACCGCCGACAGUAAAUUCCUCCAGCAUCCAGCGGAUCUGUACACCAGCGUGGUCGUUACGCGCAGCAUCCCUGUAGGCACGUGCUUUGGUCCAUGUGUUCUCCAAAACACUUUCUACGACACCAUCGCCUUCAUAGCGCAGAAAUCCUGCGACAAGAGAGCCAAAUCCUACGUGUUCAGGGUCGACCCCGAGGCCAUGCGUAAUUCUGCCCUGGUGCUGUCCUGGCUGCGGCUCGUCCAGGCUGCGCGCAACAGAGAAGAGCAAAACACAGAGGCCUUUCUGAAAGCGGGUCAGCUGUAUGUGCGAACCACCCGAGACAUCAGGCAGGAGGAGGAGCUGCUGGUGUGGUACGACCAGGAGCUGUCUCACCUGCUGGGCUUCACAGAUUUGACCAAAGGAUCAAAAGAAGAAUUCAAAUGUGGACGAUGUAACCAGGUCUUCAAAAAUGAAUAUCCUUUCCUGGCUCACUGCCGAUUCCUGUGUACUCAAGUAAAAAGUGACACCUGGAGCCGCGAGGUUUACGAGCACAAACACGUGGAAAUUAAGAGGCAACGCCGAGUGACAGACUUCCAUAACAUCGCCAGAGAUUUGGAACACAAAAAAUCUGGCAACAACGAGGACGCAGAGAUUUCCCCCAAGAGGAGGAAAUACGAGGAAACCCUUUACCCCAAAUGGCGAAAAACAGUUCUGUUAGAAAAAACGAAUAUUUCAAAUGAUGACAAUAUAACACAGCUGAUUAAGGGUCACGACCAUGCAGCAGGAGACGCGUCUUCCUCUGAGGGGAAACCAAAAGCUGAUAAGAUCAAACCGGAUCAUUUGGGACGUAAAACUGAUGAUUUUGCAGAAGUUGGAGAUGCCAAGGAGACAUUUACGCACGACAGAGAGACUGACGUACGCUCAGAGACAGGAGAAAGCUCUGGUGUGCGUUCAAGCAGCAGCAGCGCGUUUUCUCUGGUGCUGUCAAACAGCCAGGGAGAGCUGAAAAGCGCUUUUUGUAAACCGAGUAAAAGAACUUCUCCUGUGGACCCCCAGGCGCAUCUGAGCAGCGCUUCAACAGCCCCCUCUAGCCGCCUGGAGGAGAUGACUGAUGCGUUCAGCUCCAGGACAGUUCUGGGAUACAACAAUCUGAUGGGAUCCAACAUCCUGAGCAGUGACUUACAGACCGUGCACUCUCCGGUUGCGUUAAACAACGCUUUCCAUUACGCACCGGAGCACUGGUCCAGAAACAUUGGCGCUCAGCUGCAGACCACAUCUUCUCUCACGAUCCUCCCGCCGACUUUCACCUCGUUCGGCGUGUCGGUUCAGAACUGGUGCGCCAAAUGCAACCUGUCCUUCCGCAUGACCUCAGACCUCGUUUUCCACAUGCGCUCCCAUCACAAAAAGGAGUUCGCGGCGGAGUCUCAGGUGAGGAGGAGGAGGGAGGAGAAACUUACCUGCCCGAUCUGCCACGAAUACUUCCGAGAGCGGCACCACCUGUCCAGACACAUGACUUCUCAUAACUGAGUCAAGAAGGGACACAAAAAAACUCUAUUUAUUACCUAAAUGAUGCUCGUAUUUAACAAGAUCAGUCUCCAAAACUCACGGUGAGACUUUGGUGUUGAAUGUAGGUAGCUGUAAAGACAAAAAAAAAGAAAAAGAAAAAAAAAAAAGCAACACAUGGCCGUCUCAGCCUGUCCACUAGAUGACGAUAGAGGUGCGUGUAAGCUGAUCUCACUGCAGUUUGUUGUCUGUCCUUUAGCGCUGUAUGUUAGGUUGAUGAUUAUUUUGUGCCUUAUGGAACUCAGGAGGGAAGAAAGACGGAGAGAUGUGGAGGACAGCUCACGAUUGUCACAGAUAUCUCGACGCAAUCCUCUUAUUUAUCAGCUUUUCUCUGCUCUGAUUUGUACAGGAGAUGAUAGAUUGAGUGUGUUUGCACAUUGGUUUUGAAAUCUAAAAUUAUGAAAGCAAA